CUGAGAGCCAGACCAAUGCACCAUACAAAGCAUCUCAUUGAGAGCUUGUGGAGAUGCUGUGUGCUCUAAGGACUGAUCUCAUCUUUUGCACUUCCACGCUCCCACUUUGUUGACUUCUGAUUCACACUGCUGUGUCUCUAUCCUUUUGUCCCUUGUUCACACUUUGGUGCAAAUUGAUAUACAUCAUUUUAUCUAGUUUUCCUCAUUGUUAAGUAUUAAUUUUUUAUCUCUAGUAGGUGUGGGUGUCUGUAUCUGUCUUUCUACUUCGCUCCAAUCUCUAUGCUACAAUCUCUAGUACGGUGCGUAUGUGUGUGCCAGGGCUCUAACAGUUGGUUUUUCCCCUGGAGUUCUUCCCACUGAUUAUACCACUUCCUCUUCUUUCACGCUCAUUUCAUUACAAUUGGCCUGAAGCCAACCAAUAAGGGUUCAACAACACAAAGGUAGUGGGCACUGUCAGUGUAACCACCAGGAAACAGGAAGUCAGGGAAAUUCUAAGAAAAGUUUGCGAGUCACUUUCACUCAUAGACUCUGAUACUACUAAGUACUGAUGCAUAAAAACUGUAACAUGCUCACAUUACAGUGCUCCAACAGCAGAUUUAGAUUUGGUAUGUCUCCACUGGUCCAGGUUAGUUCAGAAGAGCAAGGCUCCUGUGGCAUGACGACGACUAACAAAGGAAACAAAGCCUUGAAGGUGAAGCGUGAGCCGGGGGAGAAUGGCACCAGCCUCACAGACGAGGAGCUGGUGACCAUGUCAGUGCGGGAACUGAACCAGCACCUCCGAGGGCUCUCCAAAGAAGAGAUCCUGCAACUGAAACAGCGACGGCGCACCCUGAAGAACCGGGGCUAUGCUGCCAGCUGCCGGGUGAAGCGAGUCACCCAGAAGGAGGAGCUGGAGAAGCAGAAGGCCCAGCUGCAGCAGGAGGUGGACAAACUGGCCAAUGAGAAUGCUUCGAUGCGCAUUGAGCUGGACGCUCUGAGGUCUAAGUACGAGGCGUUACAGACCUUUGCCAGGACUGUGGCACGGAGCCCCACUGUCGGGGUCGGGGUCAGGGCUGGAGGAGGUGGAGGAGGGGUGGCAUCGUCAGUCAUCGGUCCGCUCAUACCUGGGAAGGUGGCAACAGCGACGAGUGUGAUUACAAUAGUGAAGUCAAAAACAGAUGCACGGUCUUGAGGGAGGGAAAGAUAAAUGAGUGUGUAUCGGGAUGGAGUUCAGAUGCAUCAGAGUAAUUCUUCUUCCCUGCUGCCCCUCUCUCCUCCACCUGCACUGACUUCAGACAGCUGGGCAGUCUCGAUCACUGCACCUCAGCAUGUUCCUGUCACCUGUCUCAGAUCAGUGCAGAUGAAGGAAAGAAUGAAAGCAGAGGACAGUUAUUGAGACUAUAAAGAUGCAAGCCCUUGGUCAGUGCAUGAUCAUUUAGCACAGCACAGAUAGACAGGGUUCCUAUUGUCACUGAAAGCCUGAAAAAGUCAGAGAAUCUAAGAAUUGGUUUAUUCCAGGCCAAGGGAAAAAAAUAAUCAAAAAAAUGCCCCAAACUCUUUGGAAAAAUCAUGCAAUUUUCUUCAGUUGCCAUUUAACUCAGUCAAGUGUCAGGUUUUACUGCUGGUAGAUCUAGAUAUCUGUAAAUGCAAAAUUAUCCUGUCACACAUUUGCACACUAGAUUUGAAGUGGCCAUUUGCCUAAACCAAGAUGUAUAACAUUUAGUUGCACCAUCAAAAAUAUUCUAAAACAUAUAUUACAUAUGGUCCCUGAGUUCCAAAAGAAAACACAAGAUUUCAUGUGACCUGCUGAUUUCAGUGGCUGCAGAAAGGUCCCAUUUUGCUCCACCUAGCCAAGAACUUUUUCAGAGAAGUACUAAAGAAAAAUAUAUAUUACACAAUGGUGGUAACUGUAUUUCUACUGUUUUGUACUGUGUUGUCAUUCACAUGAGGUCCAAAGUGUAUUCUCUGUGUGUGAAUUGUUAUAUAUCAGGAAUUCUGUGAAAUUCUGUGGCGCGUGUUCGUUUUGGUAUUGCUAUAUUUAGUUAGCUGUAUUUUUUCUACGGUCUCUUCACUUUCUACGUCCGACUCUCUCUCGCUCUCUCUUAUCUAUUAUUUCUCUGUCCUUCCAUUUUUUCAAUUCCAACUGGCUUCCAUUAUUACAUACAGUACUUCCUGGAUCUAACAGAACAAGGGAGAAAAGAGAAUUGAUAUAUACCCAAAAAAAAGGAAAAAAAUGCAACACACAAUAGAAAAAAGGAUAAAGUUAGAGAUAAAGGUAUUGAAAUUCACUGAUCUUGUCUGUAAGAAUUUUCAGGGAAAUGGUCUUUUGAACACUUGAGCUGAAUUAUGAUAAAGUUUUCUUCUGUCUGUUUGAGUUCCUCUCAAAAGUAUAUAUUUAAGAAAUUUGGAAGGGCAAGUGCCUUGGUCUCGUAGUGAUAUGCAUCAAGAAGAAGUCAAGAGGACAUGAGGAAUUGUGGAAGGACGGUGGCGAUGCAAUGGAGGUGUUUGCUUAUGCAGUCCUGGUUGAAAUUAUUGGCACCCCUUUAGGUACAGACUUUAGAAUAUCUUCAGAAAUAAAUGCUAAUUA